CACAAUAUUUAGUCAAUGUAUUUGGAGUUUGGGGUUAUAAUGAUUGUAUAUAUAUUAGAAUGGAGUAUUGCUUAAUGAGUCUGAAAGAUGGCAUCAAAUUGAAAGCACACGUAUUUAACAGAAAACAAUAAUCAGAUGAACCCAUGGAUUGUAUGGAGUAUUACAUUACGUGUGAACUGCUAUUAGAAGUGUUAGAAUGUGUCCGAUAUAUACAUGAAUUGAAUCCACCGGUUAUUCAUCGCGACCUCAAACCCGAUAACAUAUUGAUUGCUAACGAUAUCAGAAACGGACGGUUCAUUAAAUUAUGUGAUUUAGGAUUAAUAACAAUUCACGAUAGCUUAUCACAAAGUCAUACGUCACGAGUGGGAACUCCUAAUUUUAUAGCACCUGAAGUAAUUGGUGGUCGCAAAUACAAUACAAAAGCUGAUGUCUAUAGUAUUGGGGCUACAAUUGAAAAACUAUUUGAAUUUGAUAUAAAUGAAUCACAUGAUAAAUAUAUAUCAAGCGAAUGGUGUGAUAAAUAUCGGCAAUUGUUUGACAUAACAAUUAGUGCAACAAAAACAUUAUAUAAAGAGAGACCUACCUGUGCUCAGAUUAUUGAACGAUACAAUGAUUGGUCUAUUGAUAAAAGUAUUGUUACAAAUGAUGGGAAGUUUGAAGAAAAAUUACAACAAAUAAAAUCAAAAGAAUGUGAACUCCGUUCAGAGGACAGGGAUUCUGAGCCAAAAUUUUGGGAAAUAUUCUAUACAUUUGUUAACUAUAAACUCAAUAAUAAAUAA